CCGGGUCGCGCCGCCGCGACUUCCGGUGCGGCGUGGAAAGAUGGCUGAACCGCCGCGCGGGCGAGAAGAAGGAGACGGAGAAGAAGGCGAGGCGGGAUCGUCUCUGCUUUCCCCCGAGCUGGAGCGUUUCCUGCAGCGGCACCCGAGCUUGCGAGUCCUCCCUCCGGGGAAAAAGGUGCGCUUCAUGCUGACUGGCCAUGAGCUCCCUUGUAGGUUACCUGAACUCCAAGCUUUCACAGCUGGGAAGAAAUACCUGCGCAUGAGCAAGACCUCCGAGGUCUUGGACUACAGCGAGUACGAACCGCACAUCGUGCCAAGCACCAAAAAUCUGAAUCAGCUAUUCUGCAAACUCACCCUGCGUCAUCUCAAUAAGAUCCCAGAGCAUGUUCUCCGUCACGUCCAAGGCCGGCGUUAUCAGAAGGCGCUCCGACGAUAUGAAGAUUGUCAGAAAGAAGGGCUGGAAUAUGUCCCAGCUUGUCUCUUGCAUAAACGUCGACGGCCCCGGCAAGAAACAGACAACGGUCUUUGCGAAAGGAGGGGGAAGCCAAGGGGGGCAUUCUGGGAACCUCCCGCCAGUGAUGAAGGGGGCAAUGAAACCGACGACAGCCUGAGUGAUUUGUACCCAGCUGAACUGUUCCCAAGGAAAAGCGCCACAGGCGAGGAGACCCCCGACAAAUGUAUGAGUGACAGCGACGACGAACCGGCGAGGCCAGGGGUGGAAAACGGCAGCCGAGUUGAACCGAGGGAGAUCAAUUCACAGACAGCCACGAAAAGGAGGAAGAAACAAGUCGGCCCUCACAAGAAGAAAUUUAAAAAGUGGAACAGAAAAUCUAAAGAGCUUCGGAAGAGCAAUUAACAGGAAUGGAGUCUUUCUGUUGGGUCAAGUUCCAGUUUUUUCGUGUGGCGAGAAGACUCUCUUUAGACCUCAGGAAUGUUGCAUUUUAUUUAACUAUGGUCCCCUUUUUGGGGGAGUGGGGGAUUGUAUACAUAUCAUUCAGUGGUGGGUUUCAAAUAAUUUAACAACUGGUUCUCUGUCCUAAUGACCAGGUAGGUGGGUAGGUGGGGC